GGAGCCGGAAUUAACCCACAGGGCUUGUUCAAUGCCUGUCCAAACCUGCAUCCUUGUUUUCAUUCAGGGGCUCCUCCAGCUCCCCAAGACUCUGGCACCCCUGCGGGCUUUUCCUCAUCCGGUGACCCUGAGGUGAUGGAGCUUCCCCAUCAUUCUGGAGAGGAAUGUUCCAAGCACCAGGGCAGGGUAGCCAUCAUGGCUGCCAGCCUCACGGGGUUGCUGCUACUUCAGGCAGCGUCAUGGGCAUCAGGUGCUCGCCCCUGCAUCACCAAAAGCUUCGGCUACAGCUCCGUGGUCUGUGUCUGCAAUGCCACCUACUGUGAUUCUCUUGACCCCCUGACCCUUCCUGCCCUCGGCACCUUCAGCCGCUAUGAGAGCACACGCAGUGGGCGUCGGAUGGAGCUGAGCACAGGGACCUUCCAGGCCAAUCGCACGGGUACAGGGCUGCUGCUGACCCUGCAGCCAGAAGAGAAGUUCCAGAAAGUAAAGGGAUUUGGAGGGGCCAUGACAGAUGCCGCUGCUCUCAACAUCCUCGCCCUGUCACCCCCUGCCCAAGAUCUGCUUCUCAAAUCGUACUUCUCUAAAGAAGGAAUUGAAUAUAAUAUUAUCCGGGUGCCCAUGGCCAGCUGCGACUUCUCCAUCCGCGUCUACACCUACGCCGACACCCCUGAUGACUUCCUGUUGCAGAACUUCAGCCUCCCAGAGGAAGACACCAAGCUCAAGAUACCCCUGAUUCACCGAGCCCUGCAGAUGGCCCAGCGUCCUGUCUCUCUCUUCGCCAGUCCCUGGACAUCACCCACUUGGCUCAAGACCAACGGGGCAGUGAAUGGGAAGGGGUCUCUCAAAGGUCAACCAGGGGAUCUCUACCACCAGAUCUGGGCCAGAUACUUUGUCAAGUUCCUGGAUGCCUAUGCUGAGUACAAGUUACGGUUCUGGGCAGUGACAGCUGAGAAUGAGCCUUCCGCUGGGCUGAUUAGCGGGUACCCCUUCCAGUGCCUGGGCUUCACCCCCGAACACCAGCGAGACUUCAUCGCCCGUGACCUGGGUCCGGCCCUUGCCAACAGUACUCACCACGAUGUCCGCCUGCUCAUACUGGAUGACCAGCGUUUGCUGCUGCCCUACUGGGCACAGGUGGUGCUGACAGACCCAGAGGCAGCUAAGUAUGUUCACGGCAUCGCUGUGCACUGGUACCUGGACUUUCUGGCUCCAGCAAAAGCCACCCUGGGGGCGACCCACCGCCUGUUCCCCAACACCACGCUCUUUGCUUCAGAGGCCUGCGUAGGCUCCAAGUUCUGGGAGCAGAGUGUGCGGCUGGGCUCCUGGGACCGAGGGACACAGUACAGCCACAGCAUCAUCACGAAUCUCCUCUACCACGUGGUCGGUUGGACCGACUGGAACCUCGCCCUGAACCCUGAAGGGGGCCCCAACUGGGUACGCAACUUUGUUGACAGCCCCAUCAUAGUCGACAUCGCCAAGGACACAUUUUACAAACAGCCCAUGUUCUACCACCUCGGCCAUUUCAGCAAGUUCAUUCCUGAGGGCUCCCAGAGAGUGGGGCUGCUCGCCAGCACCAAGAACAACCUGGACACAGUGGCCCUGAUGCGGCCCGACGGCUCUGCGGUGGUGGUUGUGCUGAACCGCUCCUCUAAGGAUGUGCCACUUACCAUUGAGGAUCCUGCCAGGGGCUUCCUGGAGACGAUCUCGCCUGGCUACUCCAUCCACACCUACCUGUGGCGUCGCCAGUGAUGGAGCAGGCACCCAGGGAGGCAUGGGCAUUAAAGGGACAGUCGGA